AUGAAUGAAAGAGAAGCUGAGAUUGAGAAGCUAAAAUUAAAAAAUGAAGAUUUGGUGAAGUUGGUUAAAAAGUUGAAGAAAAUUGUCUGCAUUUUGGUUCUUUUACUGGUGUUUACCAUAUUGUCCAAGUUCAAAGUUGCUAAGGAAAACCCAAGUGGAAUGAACCAAGUGGCUGGUUUGAGGACAUUUUCAGUUGCUCAAAUGGAGAAGGACCUGGCUCGUGAGGCUGCACAUACUGAUAUAUGUUGCUGUCAACCUGGCUUUCAACUGCUGCCAUCAAUUCCUGAUCUGAAUCACACUAUCCAUCAGAUCCUCAUGGGUGGGUGGCAAAAUAUAAAGAAGACGAGAAUGAUUCAUUAUUAA